AUCUUUCUCUCCCUUUCCUCUCCUCCCUCUCUCUCUCUCUCGAACACAGUCUAACAUUAACAAAGCAGGAGAGCAGAGAGAAGGAGAGAGGGAUGAACAGAAAGUGAUAGAGACACUGAGCAAGUGUGGAGCACUUUUACAAUUCAUUCAUCUAAGCAGGAUUGGAGUGGUCUGGAUGCUAGAAAGAGAGGGCAAGGGUUUUCUCACAGGUGACAUUUGAUGUAUGACAAUCUGACCAUGCUGAACCUACAAAACAGCUCCAACUGGUCCGGCCCUAACAACUGGUACCACCCAGCCGACACCAUCACCCCUCAACACGGCACAGAUGGUUGUGUGGAGGAUCUGAAUGUGCAGAUGGCCGGAGCAGGGGAAGGAGUGGUGCAGGGAGAGAGGGAUGAGGUGGACGAUUCGCAGCUACACCUGCAGCUCAAGAGGAAGCUGCAGAGAAACCGCACCAGCUUCACCCAGGAGCAGAUCGAUGCCCUCGAGAAAGAGUUUGAAAGGACUCAUUACCCAGAUGUCUUUGCUAGAGAAAGACUGGCUGCAAAGAUUGAUCUUCCAGAGGCUAGAAUUCAGGUAUGGUUCUCCAAUCGGAGAGCUAAGUGGAGAAGGGAGGAAAAGCUGAGAAACCAGAGGAGAUCAGGGAGCAGCAGUUCCUGUUCUCAGACACAUACUCCCCUGAGCACGUCCUUUAACUCCCCUGUAUAUCACUCCCAUCACAGCAACAGCUCAGGCUCAAUGCACAGUCGGAGUGAUUCUUCUCUCUCAGGCUACAGCUCUCUGUCUGUCUUCUCCAGUAUGCAGUCUUUGCCCUCCCAGUCCACUCCAACUUACUCCUGCAUGUUGCCUCCCUCUCCUUCUGCUCUUCCUCCUCUGUCCCGAAAAUUUGACUCAUCUUACACCUCUCCCCACCUUCCACCCCCACCUACGGCCAGCGCAAACACAGGAUUCUUUGCAGGAGUUUCUGCAGCGGGCCAGACUGCAGUUCAAGGUGGCGAUCAGGAGCUGGGACAAGGUCUGAGUCAGUACUGGACGAGACUGCAGUAAACAACACACUUUAUCAUGUUCAGACAAAACCAGCAGAGCUUCAAUCAGCAAAAUGUUUUACAGAAAAAUGUGUCAGGAAACCCUGCUUAUUUUACAUGAUUUAAACAUCAGGGAAGCAGUCGAUGUAAGCCAUAAUCCAGAAUUUAAAAAAAUCUCAAAAACCUGCACAGACAAAGGAGAUAUGGACUACAGCAUUUUUAACCUGCACAUUUAUAGACCUACUCACCAUCUAUGCCAGACAAUAGCACAAACUAGUCUGGUUAAACCAGAUAUUGGUAGUUAAACCGUGCACUUCUAAAAUGCCUCUCAUAUUUAUGCAACAAAAACUGUUGUUUAAUUGAGGUGCCACUUACAAUCAAUGUGACAGACAGCGUGUGACCAAAAUGAGGAUGCUUUAAAAUUGCAUCUGUAGAUAUUAAGUUGUGCUUUUUAAAAGUUUGGGGUUGGUAAUGUUUCUUUAUUUAUUUAUCAUCUAUAUACAGUGCUCCGCAUAAUUGAGUACAGCCCAUUUUGAAAAUUAAUAUUUUUCUCCAUUUCUCAGUAAAUAUAGGCAAUGUAUUUUGGUGCAUUUGAACAAAACAGGUUUUUUAAACAGAUAUAUUUAAUAAAAUAACAUUUUAGUCACCGAACAUAUUGGAAAUUGAAAGAUAAUACAAUUAAAUUGCAAAAAAAAAAAAA